GUGACUGAAAUUUCCUUUCCAAGCCACUUUCUGACCCAGGCUUUUUUGAAGCAAGCCCAGGUAUUUGUUCUCUCAUCGACAAAUUGUCAGCCGAAUAUUGGGCAUUUUUUCUCUCUUUGUAAACUUUACGCAUGUCGAAAAAGCCGCAAGCAGCGACAGCCUUUGUUCGUCUUUUAAUAGGUGCUGGAAAAGCUUCUCCUUCACCGCCCGUCGGUCCGGCCCUUGGUGCUCGAGGUGUCAAGUCCAUGGACUUUUGCAAGCAAUUCAACGAUAAAACCAAACACAUUGUUCCUGAAACCCCAUUACCCACCGUCAUCACCAUCAAACCAGAUCGUACAUUCACUUUCAUUGUCAAGACUCCUCCUACUACAUUUCUACUAAAACGCGCAGCCGGCAUCACCAAGGGUGCCCAAAAACCCGGCUCAGAAGUUGUCGGCACAGUCAGCUUGAAGCAUGUAUAUGAAAUCGCAAAACUGAAGCAGCAAGAUGCCAAUCUCAAACAUCUUUCCCUGGAGAGCAUCUGCGGUAGCAUCAUCGGUGUAGCAAAGAGUGUUGGCAUUGAAGUAGUUCAUUAAAUAGACGACCAUAAUAAAAACAGUAGCGCAUGAAGAAAUCAACAAAAGGUCCGUUUCACACCAUUUCUCGUUCCACGGCUAUUGAGUAUGGGCCAUAUUUAUCUAUUGGGUUGAAAGUGAUCGUCUAUGCACAAGACAAACUUUGGAAAAAGUCACUCUGUACGUCAUGGCUUGAAAACAGGUGCUCUCUUGGAG